GCCUUACAAUCAUCCAGCUUGGAGGACCUGUGAUGAGUUUGAAAUUUGGACCAUCUUGGAUUAUCUGAAGGACUCCAUGUGUCUGCACCCUCUUGAGCUUCCCUCUCUUCCACUGUGGCACCUUGCACCUCUGGUUAAACCUGUUGUUCAGGUUUUGAGGAAAAUGCAGAGACGGCAUAGCAGCAACACUGACAACGUUCCUCCUGAAAGAAACCGGAGCCAAACAGUCAGUUCCGAAACCAGCGUGGAUGAAAGUGGAGUUUUUGAAAGUCUGAAGGCUGAAGCUUCCUCACCACAACAGCUGUUCUCAGGCCUGGCAGGUAUCCCAUCGGGCACCAUCACAGCCACGCCGUUCCAGUCAGGUUUGGUUCUGGGCUCUUCAGCAGGAGGUGGGGAAGUAUUCAUUCAGAUGCCAGCCCCAAGGGAGGAAGGGACCAGUCGUACGGAAGGAGCCCCAUUUCACCACCGGCAAUCGUCCCAUCAUUUCCACCAUGGCCAUCACCGGGGUUCAUCUCUACUGCACAUGGCAGGAGGGGACCGCCACGGGCAUGCUGAGGAAGGCAGUGACGAACAAGCUGGAACUCCAGCCCCAGCUCUUUCAGAGUUAAAAGCUGUGAUCAGUUGGCUGCAGAAGGGACUUCCCUUCAUCUUGAUCCUUCUGGCUAAAGUUUGUUUCCAGCAUAAGCUUGGGAUUGCUGUGUGCAUUGGUAUGGCCAGCACAUUCGCAUAUGCCAACUCAACACUCCGAGAACAGGUUGCUCUGAAGGAGAAGAGAUCAGUGUUGGUUGUCUUCUGGAUCCUGGCCUUUCUCACUGGAAACACCUUGUACUUGCUUUACACAUUCAGCUCUCAGCAGCUGUACAACAGCCUUAUAUUUCUGAAACCCAACCUUGAGAGGCUGGACUUCUUCGACCUGAUGUGGAUUGUGGGGAUAGCAGACUUCGUACUGAAGUACCUCACCAUUGCAUUGAAAUGCCUAGUUGUUGCCCUGCCUAAGAUCAUCCUAGCUGUCAAGUCAAAGGGAAAGUUUUAUCUGGUUAUUGAGGAGCUGAGCCAGCUCUUCCGCUCCCUUGUCCCCAUCCAGCUAUGGUAUAAAUACAUCAUGGGAGAUGAUCCAUCCAGCAGCUACUUCCUAGGUGGGAUCCUGAUCAUCCUGUAUAGCCUCUGCAAGUCUUUUGACAUCUGUGGUCGUGUGGGAAGUGUCCGGAAGGCACUGAAGGUCCUUUGCACCCCACAGACCUAUGGAGUUCGUGCUACCAGCCAGCAGUGCAGUGAGGCAGGUGACAUCUGUGCCAUUUGCCAAGCAGAAUUCAGGGAACCUUUGAUCCUUAUGUGCCAGCAUGUGUUUUGUGAAGAAUGCCUCUGCCUCUGGUUUGACAGGGAGAAAACCUGUCCUCUUUGUCGUUCUGUCACAGUAGAAACUCUGCGUUGCUGGAAAGAUGGCACCACCUCUGCUCAUUUCCAGGUGUAUUAAAACCAAUACGUACUGACAAAUGGAAUAACAUGUGCGGAGAGAAGAAAAAGCUGGAAAACCUGGUGAUCCCGUGCCCCUAUUUAGUUGCCUGUGGAUUUGUUGUCUUCGUCUUUCUUCCAGCUCUGUUUCUCCAGGAGCCAACAGAACAACAAUUGUUACUAGCCAGAAACUUUGUCCUCAAAGGCAAGAAAGAUGUGUUUUAUGUUAUGGCAAACUCCAUGGCUAAGCUACAGCCGAGAUUUUUUCUUGAAUUUACAUGGUUAUAAACUGCCUGGGAUGUUUCCUUUUUUUCUGUCCUUUUAGUAUAGAUAAAUAUUGUGUGUAUAAGACAAGCGUACUGUGAAUUGCAUGUGUAUAACCUGGUAUACUGGAAACAAGCUGUCCUCCUCUGGCUCAAACCACUGGUGGGAUUUUUCACAUUAAAUGGCCUUAGCUUCCCUGAAUCCGUAACUUCAUAGAAUUACGCUGUUGCUGUUGUAUUACCUUUGAGAACUCUUCCAAAACGGUGCUUCAGAACCACGUGCCCAAAGUUUAUUUGGGGUUGGAGAAACAUCAUUUCCCAGCAGCUGUGUUUUUGCAACUGAUUCCACAAAUUGCACGUGUUGUCAUCUUAAUGAAAUCUCAAGGAACUUGGGAAAGACUAUGCUAGUGAAGCUGGAAAUGACACUUGCUUUUCUUGGGAAUGUUUUUCCUCUAAAUUUUCAUGAUCAGGCUUUCUGAUUUCCUAGUAUAUGGGGAGAACAGUGGGAGGCAGGGAGAGAUUAAAGUCAAGUUUGAUUUGUCUAGGUGAAAAGUUAAGGUCCUAACCAAGAGCAUCUCACAAAUUCAGGUGUCUUUGCAAUAUGCCCCUCAGUGGAGCCACUUGAGGCAAGGCUUACUGCCUUUAAAAACCAGUGCCACUGAGCAUCCAGAACCUGCCUGGGUCCAAAACCAGAAAAAACAUGCUCCCGCAGCACUGAGCCCAUGUGCUGCUGUUGAUACCAGAAAUGCUGGGGCAUCAGGAUGCGGGGCCCCCUGGAGAGACGGGAUUUAGUGAGACUUACUAGCUUGAAGGCAGAAUUAUACAGAAGCAGCUGCAUUGCUUCAGGAGCCAGCCUGGUUUAUACACAAGCUGGAUAAUCCACCUGUGAUGGUGGCUUGUAACACCUCCGCUUCAGAAAAAGCUCUUCGAGGAGAUACCUUGUAUUGUUAACAGGAGAAUUAACAUACUUUAUAUUGCUGCAAUUUCCAUCUCUGCUGAGGGUGCUGCAGUGGCACUUGCAUGCAAAUGGAGUUGCUGUUUGUUUGCUGGAGCUUUCUCUUUCCCUGAACAACCUCUGCUUUUCGCUGCACACCCAGAGAAAGUGCCUCAUUAGGCAAUUGUGGCAUCUUCCAUGCUCAUUACUAUGGAAAUGGCCGUAAGGUUACAAUCCCACUUGAGUGGAUAAUCAGGAAGAACUGUACCUGGGGGAAAUGAGCCUGUGUGUAUGUACUGACUGCCGCCUUCCCCUCCUGCUGUGAAACUCCACAGGGAGAAGAAUUAAAGCAAACAGGAGCUAAUGGUAACAGGAUUAAGGCUCAACAUUUCUUUGGAAAUAAUAAUUCGGUAUGGCUAGAGGAGAAACGAUGAGAAGCAGAGCCUGAGCAGGGAAGAUAGUCCAAAUCUGGCUUGAGAGAUACAGGGAAGUAGAGGAGGAAAAGCUUUACUUUCCAAAACAAAGUGAUUUGAUUCUUGUCAAAUGGAUCCCAUGAAAGUGGAGAGCUAAGCCAAGGAAUCCAGUGGCUAUCUCCAGUGGGAAUAGCCGUUUUGGGAUGGGGGAAGAGAGUUCAGUAAGGAAGGAAGCAAGGUUUUCAGUGGGCAUAAAAAUGUUGUUAUGUACAAUAGUCUGGUAUAUUCACCAGGAACAGGGAAAAUUACCAAUUCUGUGGGCAGGCCAUUUAUGAAAGGUUUCAGCGUCUGUUUUCAGUGCAAUGCCAAUUAAUUAAAGGGUUGGUGGUAUCUGCUUUCAAAAUGUUUGAAAAGCCAUUUCUAAUUCUGAUUUUUUUUCCUAAAUGCUCCUGGAAAAUGUAUUUGGAGAAGUGUAUGAAAAGGUCAAUCUGAGCCUAAAACUACAGAUAGCACUUGAUACGCUGUUUCAGAAUUACUAUUUUUUAUUUGGUGAUAAGGAAGGAAGGUAAUCAAGGGGAAAGAACAGGGAACAUUUUUUGCCAUUCUUAUCGUCCUUUUUCUUUACUUUUUUUUUGCUUUAUUGAAUGACCUUUCCCAGUUGUCAGUGUAAGAGAGGGGACUAUCAUCAUCAUCAUAUACUUGAACCACUGCUACAGCCCAAGGGCUCAGGAAGAUCACGCAGUUAAGACUUCAUACCAGCACACAGCGGAAGAAUUGCCACGUACCUCGGAUGGUUUUGGUACCCAUGUAAGAACCCCUGCACCAGCACCAAGAUUUUCUAAAGGACUUCUAAUGAUUCAUUUUUCUUUUGCUUCAUCUCAGUGAUCCCUUCUGGAUUCUUGCUUUCCCUCACUAUAAGGCAGCAUUCUGGUCCCGGUACAGAAGCCUGGCUCCUCUGGUGGUGUGCUCAGAGGUAUCCGACACCUGUGUGCAGGUAACCCAUUGCAAUUCUCCUUUGUCUCAACAGAAAUCCAGGCGAGUUGCUGUUUGGGUAGCCUUUGAGACAGAAGGCUUCUGUUGCUGUUCAAAUGGAUACCUCAGUGACAAAAUGCAGCACUGAGAUCUGGGUGCCAGGGCUUCAUUAUGGGAAGAGCCUGCACCUGAGAGGGCAUGGGUGCCCGAGAUUCGGUGGGCCAUCCAGUGCUCCACUUCUCUGCUAAAAUUAAUUAGUGCUGAAUAGAAGGUGAAAUUUUAUGCUGUGGAUAUUUAUUCUACUGGAAGCAUAACAAAGAUCGGCUUAAUUCCUGCGAGGUUAAAGAAUUUACUACAGGCCACUGUUACAUAGCUGUUAAAUUAAAACAACAUCCUUCAGUCCCUAUUCUUCUGGCCUGGAUGCUGUGGAAGAAACAGCCCUGUGCCGUUAGCAGUCUGUCAAACCCUCCCUCCGCGGGUAAGUUAGGGUGGUGGUUUUGUAAGGCACCCUCUCCUAGAACGUGACAUUUGGACCAGAAGACAUACUGGGGAAACUUCAGUUCUAGUGACAACUGAUGAGAAACUUCUGUUGAUUUCCAUGGGAAAACAGUUAGGGAUGUGGAAAGAAAUUAUCCGCUCAAAUUUCAGAGAGGAAAUAAAAGCCGGAGCCUUUUUUCGCCAUUGAACAGUUGUUUUUCUUUUUUUUAAUAAAGUCAUUAUAAAUAUGUACAAAGAGUCUCAGCAUAUGAAAUUCCUUUUACAAAAGAGAGAAGCCACAUCCAACCAUAAACAGGAGCCUUCAGGAACUCGUAUCAGCAGUGAGCAUAUGCUUCGCUCUUGCUUUGGUGAGGGUGGAAACUUGCACAGUGACUCUGCAAGAGUUUGCAUCCAAAUAGUACUAAAUCAGUAAUGUGCAAGGAAUUGUGUAUUCACUGCAUUUCAUCUGGUUUAUUCUGUUAGCAAUGCAUCAGGGAGCAGACUGGAAAAUUUGCCAAUGUCCUAAGGACUAAAGAUGACGGGAAGAUUUUUUCUUGUGAUAAACUGUGGUCUUCAAAUUGAUUGGAAAGGUUAUGCUGUGAAUACCCGUGAAAACUAAAUCCCAUAGUAGUUGGUUUUGCUCUCUCCUUAGGUGGCAUCUGUAACUAAUAAUGGAUGUAACUAAUAAUGGCAGUUCAGUACCCAGAUGCUUUCAGUGAAUAUUUGUCAAGCUCCAAAGUCACUUUCUGUAAAUAUUAAAAAACGUGUGAACAAGUACUCAAGUAUUCAUGCAGAGUGAACACUGAAGAAGUCUGAUCGGAGUUACAUGAAAAUUCACCCUUGUAUUCAAAUAAAUAUUGUCAGAAAAAAAUAUUCACUUGUUUUGUAGUUUUAAAUUUCUCUUGCAGAUGGGGAAUGGAAAUGCUGCAGCUUUGACUGGAAGAGACAGCUUUUUCCCACAACUGCUACGGGCAGAGCUGUUUGGAAGACCUGCGUUUGGGAGUGCGUUUGGGGUGUAUGCUGAUAGAGAUUCUCGUUACACAGCUGGCGCGUGAUUCAAGCCAGUAGGAUUGGCAGAGGGAAGAAGCACAGAAGUGUCUUACGCUGGGGACAGGGACAUAUGAGCAAAGACAGCCUUCCGAACGGAAAGGGCUUGCACAGUCGGACCGGGACAGAAUUAGAAGACCAAGGUUGGAGCAGCAUGCGAGGGUUCCUCUCCUCCAUUCAGCCUAGCUGAUACACUAGUGUUUUCCUAAGGAAGAUCAAGUCCCAUCUUAUUUAGACUUCCCCAGGCUUUUGGAUUUCGAAUUAACAUGACUGUGUCUCCUAACCUUUUGUACUAAGAGAGAUGAACAAGUUCAGCUCAGCAUACAGCAAGCUGUGCCUUGCAAAUUGUUCUACAAGAAUGCGGCUAAUUUUGAAGCUUGGAUUCAAAAUCAAAUUUGCUCUAAGCAAAUUUGCCCCUAGAAAAGUUGUGAAGAUACUGUUCACCUGUCAUGGAGGUAGAAUAUAGCCAGGAGGUUUUGACACGGACAAAAAAUGUGGGUCCAGGAUUUAAUUUGGGGCCACAGGUAGUUUGUUUUAUAUAUAUAUCUCUCUCAAGACUUCUGUCAAGAUCAUGGACAUACGUUUUAAAACCAUUUGUAGGAAAUUAAAUAUUGAGGUAGAAGUACUAUUCUGUCCUCAUCACGAACCAUUUUGUACAUGGUAGUGCAGUUUUUAGAAGGGAAAGAUCUCCUUCAGUUUUGCUUCCCCAUCCUCCAUUGCCCCCCGCCAAAGUGAGACUCUCCUUUGCCUGCUGAACCUGUGAGGACUACAGUGAGAGCAGUAUUGAACAAAACUGUUUCGUCUUACGAGGCAGCAGGGAAAAGCACCCACUUCCAAGGUGCACGUGGACAUAGAAACUGCACCGGUUUAACCAAAUCCGUUUGUAAUCAGUGUCAUUAGAAGGUACUGCUUCUGCGUUUGCAGUGGAGGUAAGGCCCUUGUAAUCUUAGUAUGAUGUGGAAACAAAGCAAACUCACAAAUCAGAUUAAACUGAUUUAACAAGUGUUUCUGAUUUAAGUAAAUUGCUUUAGUAAUGGGCUUAGCUAAAUUAGGGUGAUUUCUGCAUGCCUACAUGCUCUAAAGCAGAGGUAUGAUGGGUUUCUCACUCCUCAUCACUGACAACUCAUUGAUUUUGGUGGUUUGCUGUAUGUUUUUAUUGGGUGAUGCCUCUCCUGGGCACAUGAAAGUGUGUGACACAGGAGGCAUUGCUGUUCCUGUACAAUAUAGGAGGUAGCACUGGUCCCAUUCCAUAUUUUUUUACCUACUGAAAAUAAUUCUAAGAGAGAAGAGGAAGGAAUCUGGAAUUAAUGGGCUAAAUUCUGUCUUGGGUGUAACCCAGCCAUCUGCAACCAGACAGCGGUGCUAUCCUAGAAUUAAUUUGGCCAAAGGACUUACUUUAACAGGCAGGGGGAGAGAAGCUGAUUAGUAGUCCACACUAGACUGCUUUUUUAACUUGAAAUGUGAAGUUCCAAUAUGUGAUGGGAGCUAUCUUGGUGGAGUGCUGCUUUAAAAAUUAAUAAAGACUUUCCUCACAGCCACAUUAUGCGGCGUUCUAUAUAGACUAUGAUCUCAUAACCUCCUCCUCUGGCUUGCACACGCACCGUCUGCUGAAACCUAAGAUGAGGUCUUUUUUUUUUCAUUUAGAGAGCACUCCCCGGUCUUCACGGAGGCGCAACUGCGAAGCUAAUCAAAAUCAAUGACUUCUUGGC